CGAGAGUGGGGACGCACUGGUCGCUCCCGACACUGAUACAUCCCGCGCUCUCGACACAAACGAACUCGGCUCGCGGACCAUCGUCCACAUUCGAUCUACCCACUGUGUGUUUACUCGCAAACUUGCUCAUUUGUUUGCGAUCUGGUUGCAUAACUUACCACGGAUUUGAUGUGAAUUGGAACUAUUUUUUGUGUGCACCGAAUUAUGGAUAUUGAAAUAACCUGAAAGUUUGUAACUUUCGCAGGAACGACAUCCUCUCAUUUGGAUUCCGAAUGCACGAUGCCAUUGAAAUGACGUCACAACACCAUGGGCGUUAUCACUCUUCUGUCUCGCCUGAAAUGCGGCGUAUUUGCAUUUCUAAUCAUUAUCUACACACCAAUACUACAAGGAGAAGAACAAUCUCAAUGUCCAAGCUUAGCAGAGAACCCAAUUUGUCCUUGUUAUAAUUUCAAAGAAGGAUUAUUUUUGGAAUGCCCCAGCGCAACACCAGGUGUCGUAAAAAAUGUGCUGUCCAAGAUAAGAGGAACCAUCCAAUCGCUCUCAAUAUACGACUUAGAAAUAUCAACGACUGAACUAAAUGCAGAUAUCUUCCCACCAAAAAUAAAAAUAACUAAUCUACAGAUCUCGCAGUCGGGAAUAAACAAAAUAAGUCCUAACGCUUUUACAUCGCUACGUGACUCGUUAGGAUCUUUGAGCAUAAUUUCCGGUAAAUUGAGCAAAAUUCCGCAUGAAUCAUUCUUGGAACUUCACAAUAUUGGGGCACUUGAUUUACAGCUUAACGACAUCAAAGAAAUUCAGGCAAACACAUUCAGAAAUCUUAAGUUGAAAAAAAUAAAUUUGAAAGGAAACAAAAUAGCCAAUAUAUCAGAAAAUGCAUUUUACAAUUUAGAAGAAUCUCUCACAGAACUCGAUAUAAGUGAAAAUUUUCUAACAGUUUUUCCUUUAAAACCUUUGGCUAAAUUAAAUAAACUCAGCAAUCUACGGCUCGCGUGGAAUAAAAUAAAUUCAAUACCGGACGACAUAAAUGUUACAGUACCAAAUCUAGUGAGUUUAGAUCUAAAUUCAAACUAUUUUACAAGAAUAGAAAAAUAUUGGUUUAGAUGUAUGCCUAGAAUAAGGAUUUUAACAUUUUUUAGUAAUCAAAUUCAGCAUAUAGACGAGGAAGCAUUUUAUUAUUUAGAAAAACUAGAAACUGUGGAUCUUAGUCGUAACAAGAUAACAACGCUUGCUAAGAAUAUUUUUCAAAAGAACCCAAGUAUCCGAACUAUAGAUUUGAGUCAUAACCAUCUCCACCACAUUAAUGGAGUUUUUUCAAACCUUCACGAACUCUCAGAAAUAUUUCUAUCAGAAAACAAUAUCUUAGAGAUAUCGGACGAUGCAUUCAUCAACGCGUUUGGAUUAACAGUUCUUAAUCUAGAACAUAAUGCCAUUCAAAAAUUACAUCCGAAUAGUUUUUCAUCUUUACAAAAUUUAACACAACUACAUAUGGGAACAAACUUUUUAAAUAAACUUCCUCGUAGUGUAUUUCAAUCAAAUCGUAAACUAAUAACUUUAAGUUUAGAUAAUAAUGAAAUUAAUGAAUUAGACGAGUUGGUGUUUGAGAAAUUGGAUGAUUUGAAAGAGAUACGUUUGCAAAAUAAUAAGUUAAGUCAAAUCAAAAGAAAUGUAUUUAGUCCACUGCCAGGGCUGUUAGAACUGCAUUUGCAAAAUAACCUUGUACAAACCAUAGACUCUCACGCAUUCAUUACCCUCAAAAGUCUUCAACACAUUAAUUUGCAGGGUAACCGCUUGACAACUAUUGGGGAUGUAUUCCCAAACAGAAAUUCAUCCUUAGUUUCUAUUCAACUUGGUGCAAAUUAUUUAUCGAUGUUAAAAAAUAGCUCUCUUAGAGGGCAGAUGAACGUGCAAAUAAUGUGGCUAAGCCAAAAUAACAUUAAAAUAUUAACAUCUAAUCUUUUCAAUGAUUUGUUAAAUAUUCAAAGGCUGUAUCUAAAAAAUAAUAGUAUUGUACAUAUUGAAAAUAGAACAUUUAUGCACUUAAAAAAAAUUAAGUUUCUAGAUUUAAGUAAUAAUAAGCUUAUAAAAUUAAGUAAUGAGACGUUUUAUAAACUUGUAACGUUGGAAGAACUGUACCUACAAAAUAAUCACAUAAAUCAAGUCACCAAAGAUACAUUUCAGUUUCUAGUUAGGUUAAAAAUAUUAGACUUAUCGCAAAAUGACAUUGUUAUAUUUAAUUUCGACAUUUCUUCACUGCCGAUUAAGCAGCUUAGACUGAGUAAAAAUUCUAUAGCAAUAAUCGAAGUAGAUUCACUCAAAAGCUUACCAAAUUUGAGUGAUCUAGAAAUGAAUAACAAUGACUUAACUUGGGAAGACAUCAUUCAGAUACAAAUACCUGGACUGAAAUCUUUAAUAAUAUCCGAGAAUAACUUCACAUUGUUGGAAAAUAAAACGUUUGCUCAUCUUCCUUCAUUACAAACUCUGUCCCUAGAAUUAUCAAAUAUAUCGCAACUGCCGCCAACGACAUUCAUUAAAAAUCAGAAUUUGUUGCGAAUAAAUUUAGCUUAUAAUAAUCUUCGAGACUUACACAAAGAUGUGUUCGCGUACACAACAAUAUUACAAGAACUCAAUUUGAAAGGAAAUAAUUUCACAGAUUUCCCUCACCACGCGCUCUUCAAUGUAACUUCAUUAGAAAUAUUAGAUUUAUGUAGCAAUCAACUACAUAGCAUUGAUUUCUUUAAAUUCAUCGGUCUACAGAAUUUGCGAUCACUUAAUUUAUGUAAUAACCGCAUUUCUAUGUUAAAUGGCUUUAAUUCCCCAUCACUUAAAAAUCUAGUUACAUUAAAUUUAAGCAAUAAUAUGUUAACAGUUCUUCCACCGAAUUUUUUCCAUCAUUCUGUUGGCUUGAAAGAGAUAGACUUAUCUCAUAAUCUUUUUAAAAAUAUUCCAAGCAACGGUUUGUCGGAAGCAGUGUUACCAGCGCUCACAACAUUAAAUAUGUCUUCUAACUCUUUAGUGCAAUUAUUGCAAACAUAUCCUUCUAAAUUAUUUCCAUUAUUAGAGGAAUUAGUUGUUACUAAUACAAACCUUACAAUUAUCACAAGUAAAGACUUUGAAAAUUUUCCAUCGCUGAAGAGAUUGAUAUUGUCACAAAACUCCAUAAUUCGCCUAUCUCCGGGGGCUUUCUCUAAGCUGCAUAACUUAGAGCUGCUUGAUUUAAGUCAAAAUAAAUUAGAAAACAUUCCAAGGGAGAGACUUCAAGGAUUGUAUUCAACGCGCGUCCUCAAUAUGUCGCAAAAUGUCAUCAGAGAACUGGAAGAUUUCACGUCGGACUUGCAAAGUCUGCAGAAGUUAGAUAUCUCAUUUAAUCAUAUUACAAGGAUAAAUAAAGAUGUAUUCAGAGGUCUCCCGAGCCUGACAGAAUUGUAUUUGAGUGGAAAUUGGUUAUCAGCUAUAUCUGCAGACGCAUUUAGAAAUCUGAAUAAGAUUGCAUUUAUUGACUUGAGUCGAAAUUACUUUGAAGUAAUACAAAUGAAAAUGCUUAAAGUACUAGAAACGCAGAUAAAAACUAUACAUUUUAAUGAGAAUCCACUAACUUGCAACUGUGAAACACAAGAGGUUUGGCGAUGGAUGAAAGAACACUAUAAAAUAGUCAUCAAAGGGAGUCGUAACUUGCGUUGUGAACAUCCGGAAGAUCUUCACGGUUAUAGCUUCAUCGAAUUACCAUCCCAGAAACUUUGCGACAUACCUAUCGUCAUCCGUAUUGCUAUACAAGAUAUACAAACAUAUUCGAUCAUAGUAUCUUGGCAGAGUCGCAAUCAAACUGGUUUGAAUGCAUAUCAAGUAGCUUAUUUUAGCGAGGACAAUCCGACGACGAUACGAGGGAAAAUUCUUAACGCAACAGCGAGAUCAACAAGACUCAAUAAUUUGACACCAGGAUCCAGAUAUACGGUUUGCGUAAUAGCAGUCGGCAGCUUCGGUCCUUCAACAUCUACAGGAUUUUCCGUGCCGGACGCUCGAAUAGCGCUCUCCCCUGAUAUUACAAGUAUAAAUAAUUUGUACUCGGACGAGCAAAUCUUCAACCAUCUCCGUCCUUACAUGAACGACUCUUUGAGCAGUAAAUGUACUAGUGUAAGAACUAUAGAAAUCUUCGGAGCGGCAAUUGACAGUCCUUUCUCCAAUACUUACAUGGACAUUGCAGACAUAUUAACAAGGAGACUAAGUUUGGUUGUGGGCUGUUGUAUUGGAUUUAUAGUAUUCGUUGUGUUAGUUUCUGCAUUAGGGUAUAUUAAAACAAAGAAGCGACAGGUUAUUGUUAAAGCUGAAGUACAGCAAGCUCCUCAGUACAUUUCAUAUGACAAUUUCAAUACUCCUGGAGUAGAGGUUCAGACUACUGACAUGGAUAUAAAUACAAUAACGGAUAAAACAAAAGUACAAUGUAAACAUGAUUGAAUAAUCUUGUAAAUAUUGUUCACAAUAUUGUGUUCAAGGAUUUUUCCCAAUUUCGUUCCCCUGUGAGUUUGAUGCCACUCAUCCUGGAGUAGUAGCUUUCAAACCUUCAUCGCCUCGAGGUGCCGAGGUCAGGAAGUUUGGCAGACGGCAAUGAAUUAUUACAAGUACGAGCUAUCAAUAACGAAAUGUGUGAUAAUUGAAAAAGUUUACAUCAUCAGGGUACUUUUUUUCUUGCUGUAUAAGUAUUAAUUUAGUCGUAAUACUUUUCUUUUUGACCGUUAAUUUACUAACACAAACUUUAUUGUAUAUACCACGUUGUGUUUGGUUACUGAAUUUCGUGCUUAUUUUAUUAUAAUCUAGUCUAGCGUCUCUUUAAUUAUCUUCAACAUUGAACCCUGAGAUUUACCAAUGUUUUGAAUACCACACGUAUGCGUGUUCAUAUGAAUGAAAAUGUUUAUGUUACCUAUAAGAAAAGGUUACAUUUAUUUAUGUUUGACUAAAUUUAGUUGAGAUCUAAGUCUCGGUGUACAUUAUUAUAAUUUUGCGUUAACUAACGAGGCAAGAUUUGUAUGAACAAUAUUCAAUAUUGAUCAAAGGACAUGUAAAUCAAAGAUGUUCUCCAUUAAUGAAUACUAAUAUAUGUUUCGACUUGACGUUUAACGUUAUCUUAUGUUGAAAAUAUAAUAAUUUCCAUUGUGAUUAUUAUCAUAGAUCUAAGUGUAAGUAUUAAGAAUUAGAAUAAAUUUUAAAAUACGUUGUGUAUAAUAAAUCCAAGUAAGUUAAUACUCUGAUAGUUGUAAUGACAGUGUUAUAGAAAAAAUAAACAUAACGGUCUCGUAAGAAAAAAGAACGAAUAUUUAUACUCAAAAUUUCUAAGUAUCCAUAGUUAUAAUUACUAGAUAAUGUACCGAUAGUUUUAAAUAACGGUUAUGUCAUAAAUAAAUGAAGAUAUCAAACUCAAUUUAGUGUAACCAAAGUAACUGUACCAACUCUGUUGAUAUCUGUUUUAAAUUCAUCACAAUCCAUUUGAAACUAGUGUAAAGACUGUA